AUGGAUAUUUUUGAAGGAAUUGGUAUCUUAGAAGCGCUGAAAGAGGAUAAAAGGAAGCACUGGGUUCACCCAUUAUACAAGAAAAGGUUGAGCAUUGGACAAUUCCACACUCUUUACCCAGUACUAAGGAAACAUCCAGAAAAAUUUAACGACUAUUUCAAUAUGACUUCUCAUACAUUUGAUGAAUUGUUGAAAUCUAUAACCCAGUACAUAGCUAAAAAUAAUAUCACAAGAGAUACAUUAUGUCCCGAAGAACGGCUUACUAUAACUUUGAGGAACCAAUAUGGUAACAUUAAGUUGGUAACCAGUCAUUCCUCAUCUUCAAUGUGGUUUGAAUCGCCUCGCAAUAUUGCUUCUAUGUCUUCUACUACUACUACUGAAGAACCUGUAGAGCUAUGUGAUGGACUGUUUCGAGGGUAG